AUGAACUACAGAUCAAAGAAUCACUUUUCAUCUCUGAAUGACCUUUUCUCUGAAUUUAAUUCCACCAAAAAGUUGAAUGAAAAUACUCCUUAACAAAAAGAGCAGUAAAUCGAUUCUUCCCCCAUCCCUAAAAAAAUGGCUCGUCUUAAAAAAUAAGAAAUCAAUUACCAUAGUUUAGUUGAUCUUAAUUAAAUUAACAAAGGUAUUGAUGUAGUCUUGCCCAAUUAUGAACCAACUAAAUGUUCUUAAAAUAAUAAUGGCCUAAUCAAAGCAUAUGCUGCAAAUACUAAUUAGGGAAUCAUAAGAACCUAUAAUGAAGAUAGAGUAUCCAUAAUACUCAACAUCAUCAAACCAUAACAUAGAGCAUAUGAAACUUGGCCCAAAUGUGCCUUUUUUGGUGUCUAUGAUGGUCAUGGUGGUUCUGCCUGCGCUGAUUUUCUAAGAGACAACUUGCAUUAAUAUGUAACUAGACAAAGUGAAUUCCCUUGGAAUCCAGUUGCAGCCAUUAAAAAAGGCUUCGAAAUGGCUGAAAAGGAUUUCCUUUCCUAAGCCAUAGAAUCUUAUAGUAAAGGAAUGCAAGAGAGGAGUGGCUCUUGUGCCUUAAUUACUCUGGUUGUUGGAGAUUACUGUUAUGUGGCUAAUGUUGGAGAUUGUAGAGCAAUAUUAAGUUUAGAAAAAGGAAAAAAGAUCAUGGAGUUAUCUGUCGAUCAUAAACCGGAAAUAGAAUAUGAGCGUAUUAAGAGAAAUGGAGGUAAAAUAUAUUAAACACAUCUCAUAAAUGAAAAUGGAACUCAAAUCAUAGGACCUUACAGAGUGUUCCCUGGAAGAUUGUCAGUUUCCAGAGCAUUUGGUGAUAUAGAGGCUAAAUUAGAAUAAUUUGGAGGUAACCAAAAAGUAGUCAUUGCUCAACCAGACAUUCAAAUAUUUCGUAUUACUUAAGAUAGUGACUUUAUUGUAAUUGGAUGUGAUGGAAUUUUUGAUAAGAUGAAAUCUGAAGAAGUAAUCAAGAAGAUUUGGACAGAACUUGAAUCACAAAGGAACACCAACAAUUUGCAUGGACAAAUUUCAGCAGCUGUGGAUUCUGUUCUUAAAGAAGUUGUACUUCGAAAGAGUAGUGAUAAUAUUACAUUACUUAUUGUUGCUUUCAAUGAAUUAGUUAAGUGUUAAUAAACAUCCUAAUCAAAAAUCAAUUCAAUCUCUACUUAAAUUGAAUUGUUAUAGGCAUUUUUAAAGAAUAAAAUUAAUGAUGAGAAUUAACCAGAACUUAAUUAGAAAAAGCAAAGUCCCAUUACAUAGUUCUUUAAUUAGCCUGAAAGAAAGCAUUUUUCAUAAAAAGAAAAUUAUGAUGCAAUGUUUAAUAAAAUAAGAUCAAGCAAUAACUUUUGA